AUGUCGAAAACAAAGCAGCCUACAAGGGCUACGAAGAAGCAACCAAAAGAACCAAAAGCAACUCUUCAAGACAAGAAGGUGAAUGAUGUUGAGAAGACCGAACCCACUGCUGCUCAAGAAGGUGCUGAACAAGAGUCCAUGAAUGAUGGAAACGAAAGCGAAGAAGUAUUGAAGGGCUUUGAAUCUUCUGGUGAUGAAGACGAGAGCGAUGCGGAAAUAGACAACUCAAAUAUCCCUUCUAAGCCAAUUAUGGCAUUAGGAAACGAGAAGGAGAAAAAAAUAAAGAAGAAGGUGUCUGAGAAAAAGGGUUUGAGCAAGCAGGCAGGUGUCUUGUAUGUCGGUCGCCUUCCUCACGGCUUCCACGAAAAACAACUGGAGGGAUACUUUUCUCAAUUUGGUGCCAUUAACCGUCUCCGUUUAUCUCGUAAUAAAAAGACCGGCAACAGCAAACAUUAUGCAUUCAUUGAGUUUGAAUCUGUUGAUGUUGCCAACAUCGUUGCUGAAACUAUGCAUAAUUAUCUUUUAUAUGGUCGGUUAUUGCAAUGUAAGGUAGUACCAAAGGAUAAGGUUCACGGUGAAUUGUUCAAAGGUGCUUCCCAACCAUAUAAACGUAUUCCCCGUGCUACCAUUGCUCGUUUAGAGCACCAAAAGCCUUUAAGUGGUGAAAAGGUUAAAAAGUUAGUUGCUCGUCAUAACCGCAAGUUGCAAUUGAAAAAGCGAAAGCUCGAGCAACUUGGCAUUACUCUUGAUUCGGACGUAACACAGGCUAAAGCUGAGUCUGUCAAAAAGGCCGCUCCUACCAAGAAGUCUAACAAGAAAAAGAAACAAAACAAACAGGUUUAG